AUGAUCCCCUAUGGCUCCCGUCUCCUGCCCAACGUCGUUGACGAGACAGCAAAGAGUCAACCGGAGCUUCCUUACUCUUAUGUUCCUGUCAGCAGCAAUGUCGGUGAUGGUUUCAGGACCGUGACCUUUUAUGAGAUUGCAACAGCUGCAAACCAUGUGGCCUUCUGGAUUGAACAGAACUUGGGGCUCAGCACCUGCUUCGAGACACUGGCAUAUAUGGGCAUAGGUGAUCUUCGCUAUGUUGUGGUGUUUCUCGCUGCCGUCCUGCUGCCCUCACCAAGAAACUCUGCCUGGAUGAACGCAUCUCUUCUUGAACAGACCCAAUGUCGACGCUUUCUCUACUCGGAGGAGGUAGAAGAGCUGGUUAUGCCUCUGUUGGAGCACAAGUCAGAUUUGCUCCUGAGCAGAACUGAGUCCUUCGAUGAUAUGAUCAGACCAGACACGCCGAACUUUGUGUGGGACAAGGAGUACGAGGCUGUGAAGUGGGACCCAGUUCUUAUUCUUCACUCAUCGGGAUCGACUGGAGCCCCGAAGCCCAUUGUGAUGAACCAUGCAACAUUUGCCGUGGGCGAUCAUGACCGAAACCUGCCCAAAGUUCCCGGUCGUGUAAACCAAAACUGGUCUCUGUGGGAUUUCCCAGAGCAAGAGACUUUCUUCUCCCCAUUCCCAGCAUUUCACCUCGCAGGCUUUUCAUCCCUGGUUUUACUCCCAAUUUACUAUCAGAAUGCGAAGCUUGUCAUGAGCCCUCCAUCGCGUCCCCCCACCGGCCAUCUGGUCAGCGAAAUUAUGGACCAUUUCAAGCUGAAGUCAAUAUUCUGCCCGCCAAUUGUUGCAGAGCAGCUAGCUCAGGAGCCCGAUGGCAUUGAAAAAUGCAAGGGCCUCAAGUUCCUCCUCUAUGCCGGGGGACCUCUCUCCCAUGACGCCGGUGAGGCAUUAAGCAAGGUUACAGAUGUUUGUCAGUUCUAUGGACAGACCGAGACCGGCGCUAUCCAGGCAUUGGUGCCAAGGCGAGAAGAUUGGGCCAGCCUGGAAUGGAAUCCAGUACAGGAAGUCGUCAUGGAACCGUAUGAGGAGCAUAUCUACGAGAUGACUUUGCGGCGCAAUCCGAAUCUUGAGAAGAUCCGCAGCGUUUCUGCCAAUUUUCCGGACGAGGAGGUGUGGCACACCAAAGACUUGUUCAAGCGCAACCCAUGCAAUCCGAACCUGUGGACUUUUCACGGCCGCGUCGACGACAUUGUCGUCUUAUCGAACGGAGAAAAGUUCAACCCAGUUCCUAGCGAGGUUCAAAUAUCAGCCCACCCACUCGUCAAUGGUUCGCUCAUCAUUGGCCAAGGUCGCCCACAACCCUCCCUGAUCUUAGAGCUGAAAGAACCCCACGAUACUCUGAAGCAUCUGGUACAGACUGUCUGGCCGACCAUCGAAAAAGCCAAUACUCAGGCUCCUGGACAGGGCCGAAUCACCCGAGACAUGAUUCUUAUUGCUUCCCCCUCGAAACCAUUCAAAAGAUCCCCCAAGGGCACCGUGGUCAGGGCCACUACGAGUCGCCUAUACCAAGAUGAGCUCGAUCAGUUGUAUAAGCGUGAGAUCUCGAACAAUAUCGAGCACAUUAAUCUCGCUUCGAUCACCGAUCCUGAAGUGAUCACCAACUUCGUUAGCGAUGUUGUUAUGGCCGCUUUCCCAGGGCACACUGUGCAGCCGACAGAUGAUCUUUUCGGUCUGGGCCUCGACUCGUUGCAGACCAUGGAGAUAAUUAGACUGCUCAAGGCUGGCAUUCGUGCACAUGAUCGUGCGGCGGAUAUCUCUUGGGUGUCGAUGAAGUACAUCUACCAGCACCCAUCCAUUGCUGAGUUAGUUCAAGCCAUUAUCCGGGUCGGUUCUGCGAGGAGCACUGGUGUGUCAGAAGGCCAGGACAAUGCUGAUGCACUCGAGCAACGCGUUCGGAAGAUGAAUGAGAUGCUCCGAAAAUACACUACCGGCCUUCCUCAACGGUUCAGUCACAACGCAAGGCAGUCUCGUCCUCAAAACGGAUUCCAUAUCAUUUUGACAGGCUCUACCGGCUCAUUGGGCACACAGCUGCUAGUGAAGUUGCUCUCAAACACCAGCGUAGCCCGAGUCGUCUGUCUGGAUCGAUCAUCUGACGCCGAGUCGCGCAUAAAGACCUCUCUCUCAACAUGGCCGAUUCCACCAAGCAUCGACCCCUCGAGGGUUUCUUUCCACCAAGCAGACUACAAACAAGCUGACCUGGGUCUCCCGACCGCGGUUUUCAACGACCUGCGGGAUACCACCAACGUCGUUAUCCACAAUGCCUGGAAGGUGGACUUCAACCACUCUCUCGAGACGUUCGAGGAGACGCACAUCCGCGGCGUGCGCAACCUCGCGAACUUCAGCGCCAGCAGCCCGACCCGCCCGCGGAUCGUCUUCGUGUCCUCCAUCUCCUCGGUCGGAGACUGGUGCGCUGUCGACCCGGGGGUAAAGGCCAUCCCUGAGUCCCUGCCGCCAACACUCGGGGCCGCCCAGGCUACCGGUUAUGCAGAGUCCAAGGCGGUCGCCGAGCAUAUCCUUGCUGCCGCCGCGGAGACGAGCGGUGUCGACGUCUCGAUCCUUAGGGUCGGACAGAUCGCGGGGCCUUCUUUGCCUGGGAACGGGGCCAAAUGGAAUGAGUCUGAAUGGUUUCCUAUCAUGCUCAAGACGGCCAAGGCCAUGAAGCAGAUCCCGGACGGGCGUGCUCUUGGCGACGUUGACUGGAUUCCGGUCGAUUUUCUGUCGUCCGUCAUUUGGGAGCUUGCUUCGGCGGAUCAACCCACGGUUGGGGGGGAAAGCACCAAGAGGCCGUUGCGCAUUUUCCACCUCGUAAAUCCCGCUCGCAGGCCGUGGGCCGAGAUAUUGCCCUCCAUCAAGGCCGGGAUAGCAGGGGGCGGGUCUAUGGAAGACGUUUCCAUGGCCGAUUGGAUUUCCCAGCUCGAGCAGACGAAUCUACAUGACCAGGAAGAGCUGUUGUCGAGGCCAGCGGUGAAAAUCUUGGAUUUCUUCAGGGGUGUCGAGGAUAGACGGGGUGUCACAGCAACCAACGGAAUCGCCUUUUCAACUGAACAAGCCAAGAGGUCGAGCCAAGAACUGUGUGCCCUGGAACCGGUGCAGGAUGAAUGGCUGUGUAGAUGGAUCAGGGACUGGGGGCUAUGGUAUCGACAAUGA